CGCUGAGCACACAGUCAGGCAAAACACGUCAACGUGGGGAGGUCAGUCAGAGCGAAUCCUCCCCUUUCUGCAAGUCGCAGUGUUAGACUGGAAUUAAUAGGCUACUUUACAGAUACGAACACUUUAAUGAAGUAGUGUCCUGUUUCGGGAGGUGGAGACGCUAAGCUUGUACUCCGACAUCCACCUUUAUCACCGGAAACCUGUUAGCUUCGUUAGCUAACGUGAGCUAGCUCAGUUAGCUGUUACCUACUCUCGUUUUCUUGUAUGCAGCUGACCUCGAACAUAAGACAGACGGACAGAGUGUCGCUGUUUGUCAUUUCGGGGUCGCUUACCCCGUGGCUUGACAUCCUUGGCUCCCUUCGCUGCUGUGUGGCUCUCCGCGGACGGUUCUCGAAUAUGAUACACAAUGAGUCAAAGAGAUACCUUAGUUCAUCUGUUUGCUGGAGGAUGUGGGGGCACUGUAGGAGCCAUAUUGACGUGCCCACUGGAAGUGGUGAAGACUCGUCUGCAGUCUUCCUCCAUCACCCUCUAUGUGUCUGAGGUCCAGCUAAGUACCGUCAAUGGGCCCAGCGUGACCCGUGUGUCUCCACCAGGCCCCUUGCACUGUCUAAAACUGAUUUUGGAGAAAGAGGGACCUCGAUCUCUCUUCAGAGGCUUGGGGCCAAACUUAGUGGGCGUGGCACCUUCCAGAGCAAUCUACUUUGCUGCUUACUCCACCGCCAAAGAGAAGCUGAACGCAGUGUUGGAACCGGACUCCACGCAAGUGCACAUGCUGUCAGCUGGAAUGGCAGGUUUUACAGCCAUCACAGCAACAAAUCCAGUAUGGCUCAUAAAAACGCGCUUACAGUUGGAUGCAAGGAAUCGAGGGGAGCGGAGGAUGAGUGCGUUGGAGUGCGUUCGUCGGGUGUAUAAAGCAGACGGCUUUCGUGGAUUCUACAGGGGAAUGUCUGCUUCCUACGCCGGCAUCUCAGAGACUGUGAUCCACUUUGUUAUCUAUGAAAACAUUAAGCGGCGCCUCUUGGAGGCCAAAACGCCGCAGAACAUGGACGAAGAAGAAGAGGCAUCAAAAGAUGCUUCGGACUUUGUUGGGAUGAUGCUUGCUGCUGCCACAUCCAAGACUUGUGCCACAACUAUUGCUUAUCCUCAUGAGGUAAUCCGCACCAGGCUACGAGAAGAGGGCACCAAGUAUCGUUCCUUCUUCCAGACUCUAACCACAGUACCCAGAGAGGAGGGAUACCGCGCCCUGUAUCGCGGCCUCACCACCCACCUGGUACGCCAGAUCCCUAACACCGCCAUCAUGAUGUGCACCUAUGAGCUGGCUGUCUACCUCCUGAACGGUUAAAACCUCCCUACCCCUCAGAGAGUUGGUGUAACCCUAGCCCUGAUCAGAGAAGGAGAUGAGAAAACAGCAGCACCUGCACACUAGUUGGCACUGCUAACAAUCUGCUUGAUGGAAAUGGGUAGAGAAAGCCCCUUCGGUCUUUGUCUCAAAAGCAAGGCCUUGGAGUUUUGUUUUACAACCAAAGGAAAAGGCACAAGUAUACUCACAUUCACUCUGGAAGUCAUUGUUUUGAUUUCUGUUCUGCCCCUUGUUCAGGUUCAGAGUUCUGAAGUAGGAACCCGACAAGUUGUUGGCAACUCCUGUAUAGAUGUGGGGGGGGAAAGCCUUAAAAUGCAUAUUUUAUUGCAGCAGCAUAAUCUCGCUGAAAAUCUGAACAAUUUCAACCCAUCAUUUGACUGCUUUUAUUGAUCUUUAUUCAUAAUUAUUUUGAAUAAAAUCACUGGUGGCCCAAUGAUUGCCAUUGCUGUUGGCAGCAACUUAUCCAAAUGUCUGUUUUGCCAGUAGGUGAGCAUUUGGAGGCUAAAUGUUGGAGCAUACAAACAAAAAGAUGUUGGACCAUUUCUGUUUUCAUAGUCACUGAAAAUUGUCGAAAAUCCCGUCCUCCUUUCAACUCACCCCAGCAUUUUCUGUUGGGGUUACAUUUGAGGACGGGGAUGACCAUGGGAAAAUAUUUUGGUGUAAAUUUGGUCAUAUGUUUUUGGUCAUUAUUUUUCUCAACAUGGUCAGCUUCUGAUACAAUAGACUCAAUAUUCCCAGUUGCUUUGGAGGAGAAGUGCAUCGGAUUCUCUUGUGUUUAACAUUGGACAUAAAGUGCUCUCCUUCCUGUUCAGCAGUUCUUUUACGAUACUCAAACUAACUCAAACUCCCCAUGUUUACAUUUGUGAUGGUAUUGACACAAAUGGCUUUUUGCUUGCAUCGGCCCAAACAAAUGGAGGUAGGAUCGCUCACUGUGUGGUGUAGGACCAGCCUAUCCGCCAGGAGACGUGUACCAUGUCAGUAAAACAUGUGACUGCAUUAUUGUUACUUGCGUUAGUGGCGGAGUCCCACAGGGUUCAGUUAUUUUUACUACCAGUUAUUUUUACUAUGGCAUGGGACAAUUUUCUUCUGUAUUGAGGAUGAUAUUCGGCUAUAUUUAUCCCAGGACAGUCUUGUAAAGGAGAUUUUGUUUUAUCCUGGGUAAAUUAAGGUUAAA